GUGCGCGCGGAGCGCGACGCGCGCGCGCGCGCGUCGAACGCGGCGCGCGGGGAGGCGCAAUCGCGCGAUGAAGACGCGCGCGCGUCGACGUCGGCGGAUGCCGAAGCGGCGCGGGCGGCGUCGCUGCGCCCGGCGACGCGGGCGAACGUUCGACGGGAGAUCAUGACGAUGAACGACGGCACCGAACGCGAGAUCACGGUGGACGCGCGGUUUAAGUGCGCGAAGUGCGCGCGCGGGAGCUCGUGCUUCGCCGUGCACCGAGCGACGAGCGCGGUGAGCGGGAUGCGAGCGAAACGGCGGUAUAACGAACGGAAAAAGGCGAAAAAGACGAAGAGUAAAUACGCGUCGGACGUCGAGGGCGGCGGGCGAGGGUCGAGGGCGCGCGCGGACGCGGAUCCGGUCGGGGCGACGCUGGCGCUGAUACGAGACGGACACAGGCCGACGGCGAAGACGUUUACGGCGGUGAUUAGCACGCUAGGCGCGAUGGGACGCGCGAAAGAGGCUUUGGACGAUGUGUUGCCGAUGAUCGAGGAGUAUGGCGAUGACGUCGAUGUGGCGGUGUGGAACGCCGUGGCGCACGCGUUUUGCGCCGGCGGAGACCCGGCGGGGGCGGAGAAAAUCGUGGAUAGAAUGGUCGGCGAAGACGGCGUGGGCGUGAACGGGGCGACGCAUCCGGAGAUCAUAUACACGUACGCGAAGCGUGGAGAGGCAAAUAGAGUGUAUAGGUUGAUCAGACGAAUGUCGAGCGAGCAUGGAAUAAUCCCAGACGAACGCGCGUAUAACGCGUUUUUGCGAGGCUUGUGCGAGCGGGACGAUCUCGAGGACGCCGAGGAAGUGCUCAGACGAUGGAACAACGAAAAGUUCGACUUGGAGCGACAGAGUGACCGCGGUGGGCGAGUGUCGAAGCCGAGCGCGGCGUCAUACGGGUUACUCAUCGACGCGUGGACGCGUCGCGGAAACAUGCUCGCCGCGCGCAAGCUUUUACAACAGAUGCAAUGGGAGCGCAUCGCGCCCUCACUGCCGCUGUUUAACAUGCUCAUAGACGGAUACCUCAAGCAAGAAAACAUGCGCGCUGCGGAAGGGCUGUUUCGCGAGCUCGAAUCGAGUGGAACGUGGGAUAUGGAGUCGUUGGGGAUCAAACCAGACAACGUGACGUACACGUUGUUUUUAGAUUAUUGGGCGAAUCAAGGCCAAGUCGACGCGUGCGAGCGAAUCUUCAAUCGCAUGCAUCGCAAGGAAGUCGCGCCAGACGUCACAGCUUACGGGACGUUGGUAAAGGCGUACGCGCGCGCGCGCGAUUCCGACGGCGCUGAGGCGGUUUUGGAUCGACUCGCCGAGGCAAAGGUGGCUCCGUCGGUGGCUAUUUACAGCGCCGUCGUCGCCGCACAUUGUACGAUUGGUAACAUGUCGCGCGCGCGCGACGUACUCGAGCGCAUGUUCGACGCGGGCUUGCGCCCGAACGAGCGUACGUUCGCUCAUUUCGCGUGGGGAUACGGCCAACUGGAAGACAUCAACGGUAUUGCCGAGGUGGCGAAGUUAAUGCUCGCGAGCGGGCUCAAACUCAAGGGUGCGAACCGCACCGCCAUCGUGCGCGCGUGCGAAGAGUGCGGAAUGAGCAUGAGCGCCGUACAAGCGCUGCUGGAUCGAAUCAAUCCCGAAAUGACGCAGCGCAAGGGCGUGUGGAAACGAGACGGCGGCGAGCCGAAACCCAAAUCCAAUCGAGCCGCCGCCGCCGCCGCCGACGAGGACCUCGAACCGUCAACGCUCGAACCGACGAAGACGAAAGAAAUCUACGGAGGUCCGGAGUCCACCGCGCGUCGGGUGUCGCUUUCCCAGCGUGUAGAGUCCCUCGACGAAGACGACGACGACGGCGAUACGGGCGCCGUGGACGCGCCGCCGGCGAGCUCGGAUUGGCCUCGCAAAGUCUCCACUCGCGCCGUCGCCAUCGCGCACCGCGCGUCCUCGCGCGCGCGCCCUAUCCGUCGCACAUUUACACGAACGAACGCGCGCGCGUUCGCGAUCACGCGAGCCCUCGGCGCUGCUUCGAUGUAA